AUGCUGGGCUGGUGUGAAGCGAUAGCCCGUAACCCUCACAGAAUCCCAAACAACACGCGAACACCCGAGAUCUCAGGGGAUUUGGCUGAUGCCUCACAAACCUCCACAUUGAAUGACAAAUCCCCAGGGCGAUCAGCAAGUCGAUCAAGUAAUAUUUCAAAAGCGAGCAGCCCAACAACAGGGACAGCUCCCAGGAGCCAGUCAAGGUUGUCCGUCUGCCCAUCCACUCAAGACAUCUGCAGAUCUGCCAUCUUGCAUGACAUGUCAGAAGAUGCAUUUGAGCAAUGCACCCCUGUCAUGGGGCUGAGCCCUGCUAGGAGGGAGUCUGGUAAGAAAUCAGUAAAACAGAGGCCUAGGAGGAGGAGGAGGGCCUCUGAGAGAUACGAGCAUGCAGAAGCACAAAUAAGAGGGAGAAGAAAGGAUUUUCACCUCCAAAUCACAAGCCCCAGGGGGAGCGAGUGCUACACAGAUUCUUCAGAUUCAUCUUCCACAGAUGAGACUCACUGGAUUCAGGCAAAGAGAAGAGCCCAAGUUCAAUUCCGACGGUCGCGAAGAAGAAGGAGAAAUAGCAACAAGCCAUGUGGAAACGCGGAUGCGUCCUGUGCUCCUAAUGGAAUGGCUCUGGUAGAUGUGGAACCCGAAGGUAAAAAGCAACAAGAGCUGAUUGAAUGCGAGAGCUGCUCCUUAAAGCUCUGCAGAGGAAAAGGCACAAGGUACCAGGAAUGCAGUCUUUCCCUGCCAACAGGAGCCUUCGAGAUGAAGAGAGCCUCAAGGCAGCGCGAGGAAGGCAAAUACCAGCCCAGGGAGCUGCAGCUCUCGCAUCGCCUUGGCCACUAUGAAACGAUCCAGAAAAGACUUUCAGAAGCAGAUCCCAGCACUGAUAUAUUGGCAGGAGCAGAAGGUGGCAAGUGUGAGGAUGCUGCUGGGUUCCAGGUGAAUAAUUCUGUGCAGAAGCCUCCUGCCACCUACCAUGACGGGUCUGAUAAUUUAAGAACAUGCAGGAUCUGUCACUGCGAAGGAGACGAGGAGAGCCCUCUCAUCACCCCCUGCCGCUGCACAGGCACCCUGCGCUUUGUCCACCAGUCCUGCCUCCACCAGUGGAUCAAGAGCUCAGACACGCGCUGCUGCGAGCUCUGCAAGUAUGACUUCAUCAUGGAGACGAAGCUCAAACCCCUCCGGAAGUGGGAGAAACUACAGAUGACCACGAGCGAAAGGAGGAAAAUAUUUUGCUCUGUCACCUUCCACGUCAUCGCCAUCACCUGCGUGGUGUGGUCUUUGUACGUUUUAAUAGACCGGACGGCGGAGGAAAUCAAGCAAGGCAACGACAACGGUGUCCUUGAAUGGCCAUUUUGGACAAAACUGGUUGUGGUAGCCAUUGGCUUCACAGGAGGCCUUGUCUUCAUGUACGUACAGUGUAAAGUCUACGUCCAGCUAUGGCGCAGGCUGAAGGCCUACAACCGCGUGAUCUUUGUGCAGAAUUGCCCCGACACUGCCAAAAAGCAGGAGAAGAACUUCUCGUGUAACGUACACACGGACACCAAGGACGCCGUGGUGGUGCCUGUAUCACACACAGGUACGAACCCACUGCCGUCUGCAGAGGGCGGGCCCCCCGAGGUUAUACCAGUGUGACAGACCAGCUGGGAGCGUCUUCCCCGAAGACCCUCUUCCGAGCCCUCAGCCACUACACGUGACAGAAGUGAUCCUGACGCGCUCACUCCCUUCACCCUCUCCUCUUUCUCCUACUGACUCGUUUUUCCAGACUUUGCUCAAAAAGGAAAGGACCAAAAGACCACCAAAUGACCAGGAUCCCAGGAAGCAGUCCACAGGGUGACGCAGAAAUGUGGAAGUCAGCAAGAGACGGAUUUCUAAGACCAUUAAGAGCCAGUGGAGCAAGGGAUGCUCAUAGGCAGGGACGGAAGCCUGAGUGGACACAGGCGUCCUCACAGGAGCAGGAGCAAGUUUAAGAACACAGGCUUGAACUGCAAUGUGUAUUUCUUCCAAGGCCUUGUGGUGUUAACUGUCUCAUCUGGAAAUAAGAAACAUCCUUGGUUUUAAGCUUGAAAUUAUCUGCAUCAUCCUUCAGCGGUAUCAGAAGCAGACGUGGAAGAUGCAGUUUGAUGCUCAUACUCUGACAGCUAACAGAUUUUUAUGGCUAUAGUGGAGUCCAGUUGUCUUAACAGAUGCAUGUUUUUAAAAAAUAGAUGCAAUAUGCAUUUGAAGAUAUUAAUACUUAGAAUCACGUUUAAAUCACGAACAAGAGAUUUCUGGGUGUAAUUAGUGCUGUUAAAUACCCACAGAAGCUACCACCAGCUAUUAGGUCGUAUGUUUUAUCUGGUCCCUCUAAAACAGUGUUGUCCAACAGAAAUAUAACGUGAGCCACAAAUGCAGACCGCAUACAUACGUUUAAAAUUUUCGGGUAGGCCCAUUAGAAAAAAGUAAAAGGUGAAAUUAAUUUCUAUGUUUCACUUAACACUAUAUAUCAAAUUAUUUCAAUGUUAUGAAUAUUAAAAAUUGAGACCUAUUACACCUCUUUUUAUGAACCAAGUCUUCAAAAUCCAGUAUGUAUUUUAUCUUUAUCGUGUAUCUUAAACAUAUUGUUCAACGCAGCCCUAAAAUCAGAGGCAGAGCCUCUGCUUCAUUUAACAGUUGACUAUUUCAAAAGAGCAGCUCAAUUCAUUCUUUUAUCCAAAGUCUCAUGAAUGGAAUAGUUUUAUAAAGCACUAAUCAAAUUAAAUAACCUGGUUGGUUAAAGAGUUAGAUGAACUUACCACUUUGCAGUGUGAAAAAAUGAAAAUAUGGAAAGAUAAAAUGAUCUACGUGUGGCAAAGUUCUGAAAUUAACUUGUGUGCUACUAUGAGGCACAUAUGAUAGGGAAACAAAAAUUAAAUAUUUUUGUUAAGUCAAAUGUGUAAGGUCUUUUUUUUCUUUAAUCCACAUGUGGCAUCCACUUGACAGAGGAAUCGUUGCGACUAAGCAUUUAGACUUGAUUUUUAAGAAGCUGACAGUAUUUCCCUUGCUCAGCUGGAAAGUAAAUCUACUCAACAGAUUUUGUGAUAAGUAAUAAAUGGAGUUGUUUAGGUUUGGCAGUUCAGUUGAUUAUUGUGUUCUUUGCAUAUUCAUGUAGAACUGAAGCGUGAAUGAUAUUGCAGUGAGCUAGAUUAAUGAUUAUAGAGUUAGUGAACCAUCAAAGAUGUCUUUUAUUUAAAAAGGUGAUUUAUUUUUGUUAGCUGUCAUAUUUAUUAUUUUGAAAAGGCAACCAUGAUGGCCAUAAGAACCAAAGCACGGGUCUCGCAUUGCACAAACCUGGGUAUCGCAUUGAUGCACUUUCUAAUUAUCAGUGUACUUGUUCUUCAUGGAUUAUCAUAGAAAAAAAGGAAGAGGGAAUAACCUUUUAAUGAGGAGAAAGAUACGAGUAUUAGUAGUGGCUGACACGGAGUCCAUAUAGUCACAAUUUCUAGAAAUAAAGAAAAGGUAAACAAUGUCAAUUUUGUGUGUGUAUGACGUGUGUGUGAUUUCACGUAUGUACAUGAGAAGAACAUUAAAGUUUUUGGCCAGACAGGAAACAAAAGGUUUAAAUCUCAUCUUUCUUAAAACUUGUUGUGGAGGGUAUGGACUAAAAGGCACAGGGAAGACAGAGCUGAAGUAACUGAAGUUGUACUGUAAUUUCUGCACAAGUAAGGACAUAAGUUGUGAUUUUAAAAAGAUCUAUGAACCGUAAACAAACUAAACUUUGUAUUAACUUCCUCUUAAAUUUCCAUUUUAAAGGUUUAAGAUAAAUACUCAUGAAUAGCUAAGUUAUGGGUGAUUUAAACAUGGCACUUCACCCAAUAAAUUGACCUUGAUUCAGUUUUUCUGUUAAUUUUUCUAAGCUUUUUACUAACCCAUUCUUCCCAGUGAUUAGCAAUGGCACAGUGUUCUUUACAAAUAUUCCUGGGGCGGGUGGGGGGAUCGGUCACCAGCAAGCCAUGAAAUCCCAAAUUAUUUUAUAUUUGCUCUGGAAGGAAAAGAAUUAUUUACCUUAAUUACCACCAAAAAUACUGUUUAAAUUCUGUACAGACCUAGGCAAGAUGGCUAAGUGCAUUGCUCAUUUCUCAGUGGGAGAUGAUUGGCUAAAAUAGGCCUGUUUAUUAAGGGCUACACUUAACACUAAGAAAACAUUUCUAGAAUGAAAAGUAAAGAUAAGCAUUACUGUUUUAACCAUAAAAUAUGACAUGGUGUUUCAAUACCAUACCUAAAUUCUCAAAAUUAAUUUGUACAGGCUUUGACUUUCUUGUAAUAAGAAUAUAGUUCCCUAGCAGGUUAAAAGCCAGCUUUUUAUUCUGCUAUUCUUCUUACCUUUAUAAACCCUGAACUCCUGAAUUUAAAUCUUUUAACAUUUCCUGCAAUGGCUGUUUAUGGUUCAAACUAUCUGAAAUAAUGAUGUGCAUUUAAAACCUAAUAUUGAUUUUCUUUCCUAUUCUGUGUGGCAACUGCCCUUUCAGUGAAAGGAUUGGACUUUGUUGACAAUACUUUUUGUGGACUGGACAUACCCCUUCAAAAAUGACUCUCCAAAAGGACAAUUUUUUUGAAGCAUGUUUACCUGCUCAUGUAAGAAGUAAUAUGGAAGCGAAUCAAAGGACUGAAAU